UCUCAAUCCAUCUCAUCCUCUCCAAAUCAGGCAGAUCUCCUGAGCAGUCUUCGCAAUGUCAAGAAACAUUACUUUUUCCUCCUCAGGUAGCUAUGCAAGAAGUGGCUAUGGUGGAGGUGGAGGAAUGGGAGGAAGCUCAGUGAGAAAGUCUUAUUCUAGCAGUGUUCAUGGUGGUGCAGGUGGCACAAAAAUCUCUAUGUCUUCCAUCGGUUUUGGUGGUAGAAUAGGUGGAGGUAGUGGUGGUAGUUUUGCUUAUGGCCUGGGAGCAGGUGCAGGCUUUGGCGGAGGUGAUGGCAUGGACCUCCAUGUAGGGGCCAAUGAGAAGGCCACCAUGCAGAACCUGAACGACCGUCUGGCCUGCUACCUGGAGAAAGUGCGCGCGCUUGAGAAGGCCAACGCUGAGCUGGAGCUCAAGAUCCGCAAUUUCUUGGAGAGCAAGACCUCCCCCACUGCCCGUGACUACUCAGCUUUCGAGGCCACCAUUGCUGACCUGCAGGGAAAGAUCCAGGACGCCACCCGUGUCAAUGGAGGCAUCUAUCUGGCCAUUGACAAUGCAAAACUGGCUGCAGACGACUUCAGAACCAAGUACGAGAAUGAGCUCGCCAUGCGUCAGUCAGUGGAGGCAGAUAUCGCCGGUCUGAAGAGACUGUUGGAUGAGCUGACACUAGCCAGGUCAGACCUGGAGAUGCAGAUAGAAGGCCUCAGGGAGGAGCUCAUCUUCCUCAAAAAGAACCACGAGGAGGAAUUGGCAGCCAUGAGAGGCCAGAUGAGUGGACAGAUCAACGUGGAGGUGGACGCAACAGACCAGCCAGACCUGACCACUAUUAUGGAGGAGAUCCGUGAGCAGUAUGAGGCUCUGGCUGCCAAGAACCAGAAAGAACUUGAAGCGUGGUUCCAAGCAAAAUCAGACGCGCUGAACAAGGAGGUGGCAGUCAGCACAGAAACUCUCCAAACGUCCAAGUCAGAAAUCUCUGAGAUCCGUCGCACACUGCAGGGCCUGGAGAUCGAGCUACAGUCCCAACUGAGCAUGAAAGCGUCCCUGGAAGGCACUUUAGCUGAAACAGAGACACGCUAUGCCAUGCAGCUCCAAGGCCUCCAGAAUCAGGUGACUAACUUGGAAGAGCAACUGAUGCAGCUUCGCUGUGACAUGGAAAGACAGAGCCAAGAAUACCAAAUGCUGCUGGACAUAAAGACACGGCUGGAGCUGGAGAUCGCAGAAUACAGGAGGCUGUUGGACGGAGAGGGCAGUGCCACUACUGGAGGCAGUACAAGGACCUCCUCCAGCAGGGUGGUAGUGGUCACAGAGGAGCUGAAGGACGGCAAGGUGGUGUCCUCCUCUACCACCUCCGCCUAAUCUGUCUCGAGCAGCAAAAGCAACACAAGGGGCCUGAAGAACACAAGCGCAACUUAUAAAUCUAAUACUUUCUUCACAUACGCAUGUGAAUGCAAUAAAAGGCUGCCAGUUUGCUGACUA